AAUAUUAAAAUAAAAACGGGUCCGCCUGUCAAAGGAGAAAUUAUAGCAUACUGAAUGAAUUUGUCACGUUGUAAUUUCACUUGCAUAUAAUCGUUUUCUCUCCGUCCUAUUUUGCAAGCAUCCAAGCUCUCUGCUUCUUCCAUCCCCCACCCAAAAAAAAUUGAUGGAGUCUGCCACACAAAACCAGAAGCUAAAAGCCCACGUUCUGAUCUUCCCCUUACCUUUCCAAGGCCACAUAAACACCAUGCUCCGCCUAGCCGACGCCCUCUCCUUCGCCAGCGGACUCCGCAUCAGCUUCAUGAACACCGAACGCAACCAGCGCCUCUUCAGCGUAUUCUCCCCUUCCCCAUACUCUCGCUUAACCCACCGCCCCAAUUUUCGCUUCAUUUCAAUCCCCGACGGCCUCCCCGACGACAAACCUCAAUCCGGGCAUCAAGUGCUGGAGCUAUUACAAUCGAUCAGAACCCACUCGGUUGAUUACUUCCGCGCGCAGCUUCUCGCAGGCCGGAACAGAGACUCCGACGGCUGGCCGCCCGUUACCUGCGUUAUCGUGGAUGGAGCAAUGCCCUUUGCCAUGGAUGCCGCUCAGGCUUUGGGAAUCCCUGCGAUUGUAUUCCGAACUAUUAGUGCGUCUUCACUUUGGGUUUAUCUUCGCUUUCCACAGAUGAUAGAGGCCGGCGAACUCCCUUUUCCGGCCGAUGCGGACCUUGAUGAACCCAUAAAAAGCGUGCCGGCCACGGAAAGCUUUCUCCGUCGUCGUGACCUCCCCACAAUGUGUCGAAAAGCAACAAAAGCCGAAGACGAAGAGCUUAGGUUUUUCGCUGAAGUCUCCGCCAGCGCCAUAAGGUCGGAAGGACUAAUCCUCAACACUUCAAACUUCCUCGAAGCUCCGGUUCUCUCUCAAUUGCGC